CGUCAGCUUUGAUUUUACAGUUAAUAAAAGGGAAGCUCGUGGCGCUUCAGUGAGACAGUUGAUUUCGGUGUUCUGAAGCGGGAAGCAGCGCAGCUACCAGCUAGAGUUUGUGAAGCAGCAGCAGCCAGUGGAAGCAGUUUAGUGGAAAUUGCAGUGAAGUGAAGCGGCAUUUGUGGUUUCAAGCGAAAAACAGUGCUACUAAAAACAAUCAAAAUGAUGAAGUUCUUGGGUCUCUCCCUCUGCCUGGCGCUGACCAUCGUGGACCAGACGCUAGCCCAGAACAACCAGUACCUACCUCCGGACAAGGGCUACGACUACGACAAGCCGAACAAGCCCUUCCCCACCGCCACCCAGCCCCAGCAGGUCCCAUUCCCACCGGCGCCCACCCCGGGACGUCCCGCUCCCUCGUACGGACCUCCGCCAGCCGGUGGUGCCGAUCACGUCCACGAGCCGGGCAUGCCGUUCGACUUUAACUACAACGUGAACGACAUCGAAACCGGCAACGACUACUCGCACAACGCCGUCAGCGAUGGGGACGUGACCCGCGGGGAGUACCGCGUCCAGCUGCCCGACGGCCGGACCCAGAUCGUGCGCUACACCGCCGACUGGAAGAACGGGUACAACGCGGAGGUGACGUACGAAGGUGAAGCCAAAUACCCCGAAGGCCCAGGCCAGGGCGGUGCCAACGCCGGUGGAUACAAGUACUAAGCAACAACUAGGACGACUGCCAUUUCCCCCUCCUGAUGGUGUGUGAUACUGAAACAAUCGAAAAAAAAACAAUCAACGAGAACCCCCGUCACUUGCGCAAGUUUUUCCAGCCUCCAAAUCAGCUCGUUAUUGAUGCAAGGUCUAUGGAAAAGCUCGCGAAAUCUUGACACACCUGAGUACAUCGGAAAACGUGUGUACCAAUUAGCAGCGUCUGACGAAAUGACCAUUUCAAGAGUGUGUCCAAACCCCCCUCAUCAACCUGAAGAAACCCUUCUCUGUUUUAGUUUUUGUAAGCGAAUCGUUAGCUAUUAGGGUAUGAAUAAUUUGCAGACCAACCGAUUGCAUAGUCUUUCCACGAUCAAUCACGCGCGCAAUUCUUUGGACGAGCCGAGCCCUCGCUCAACUGCCAGUAUAAUUCUUCCAACGCAAAGAAACGCGAAUGUUAGUAAGACUCACUAGUGAUUUACUUUUUUUGGCCAAAUGUAAACAUCAUGCACUCAUGUUCCCCUCCUUGAAAGAUCGCAUUCCAUCUGUAGCGUAAAUUAUCGCGUUAAUUUAUAAUUAUACCCCGAGUGGAACAUGCUUCUCCAAACAGUCAUAAAUUUAGUGGAUCGUACCGCAAAGUUCCACACAACAACCAGUGACUAUCAUGUGAUACUAAGCAGAACAUGAACCAUCCCUUCCUCCCACCCCUCAAACGAUUAGUCGACAUUUGCGCUAGUGUGUUCAAAUGGCAUCGUCACGCGACUUGGACCCGUUGUAGGACACCAUCGAGCCGCCGUUGAAGAUGACUCCAUGCACGCUCGAACUGCUGUGUCGCACUGAGUUUAAUUAAUUUUACGAUUAUUACCGCUAUCCAUGUCCCGCCACGAGUACCGCGCAGCGCAGCAGGUCGCAAUGAUAUUCUUUCAAAAAAAAAAUCGUAAAAUAAACCUGCCAAUUAACCUCCGAUAGCCCACUAACACCACCACCAUAAGUAUUCCGAAUGACAUUAGCACGAGAGGAGCCUACGAAGAAGAACCAAUGUGUGAUAUGAAGAAGGAAAUUAGAUGCAAAAACUUGAACAAGUCACCUGAAAUAACGAACACCACACACACUGUGCACAUACAGACGUAUGCAUGAAAUUAUAGUCUCGGAAGCAGUAUUCGAACCGUGUAUUUAUGAAAACGAUUAAAAAAACAAACGAAAAAAAAAUUGUACGCGACACAUAUAAACGCAAUGAUGUAUGUAAUGUAAAAAUAAAGAAAUGUUAAAAACCGAAA